AUGCAAUCUGAGAAAAACAUGUCUUGGGAAAAUUCUGCAGGGCCUCGCCCCAGGACAGCGCUUUGUUUCUCACGGCGUCUCCACGCAGGCGAGCUCCGCCCGCCCCGCACCCGCGGGUUGCCGGGGUCCCGGGUUCGAGCCUACGUGGGACCAGGAGAUGCCCCAGGCCCUCGACCAGCACCACACGCUUCCGUUCCCAGAAAGCGGCCCGGCGCGUCCUAUCUCAAUUUACCCGCCCAGGGGUGA